CAGAGGCCUGCGUGUUUGUGUGUGUCAAUAAAGCUUGUUGAAGCCUCAGACCCCGCGACGUCAGCGCCGUGUAAAAUGGCGGCUCCGGUGACUGAGGCUCCCGGCUCGGAGGAAGAAGAGGAGGAAGAUGCCGGGCGGAAGGUGCGGGGGAGGCCCCGGCUGACGGACACGGACCGGGUGCGCCGCAGGCUGGAGUCCCGCAAGAAGUACGACUGCCGCCGGGUGUACCUGGGGGAGGCGCACGGAGCCUGGGUGCUGAGGAGGGAGAGAGGCGGCGAGGGGGAGGCCUGGAGCGAUGCCAAGCUGGCCGCCUACCUCCUGGCCCUAGAGAGACACGGGAAACCAUGCGGGGAGCUCCAGACCAGCGCACAACAGCACAGGACAAGACGCAGGCGCUGUGUGAAUAACCUGCUGAGCUUAGUGACAUGGUAUUAUGACCACAAGGGCCACUGUCCGCAUGAGCCAGGUCUAUCCGAGCUUGACAUCAGUCAUGUCCGAUAUGCCACAGCAGUGUGGCAGUGCCAGGCUGGGCAUCGCUAUUUCCAGGACCUCAGCUGUCCGUUGAAGACACUGAACCGUCAAGCAUCCGAUGAUGGCGGAAGUUCGGAUGAUUCCUCCUCCAGGUCUGCCCCCCUGAUCCACCCCCCAGAGAUGUACCCAGAGCCACAGGAGCCCAUUCACCCACUCUACUCGCAGCACUCUGAGAGCCUGACUGAAGGAGACACGCAGUACACGGACGAAACAGAGACCGUGGUGUGUGUUCCCAUGGGGACAGGGACGGGAGGCCUCUUUGACGGAGUGACUCAGGAAGCGCUGGGGCAGGUUGUUGCUGCCAGCUGCCCCUCGCAGGUCAUCAUCAUCGCUGGGCCUGGAUAUGAGGCAUUGGCAGCAGAAGGCAUUCAUCUGGAUGUCGCAGGAGGAAGCAACGGAGAGGAGGGUACAUGUACCACCCUGGAGGCAGUGUCCGCAUUCACACAGACAGAGUUUCAGGAAGAAGAGCGUGAUGAAGUGACAAUCACAGAGGAGGACACACUCUACACCCUGCAAGCAGAGCAGUGUGAGGAGGAGGAGCCCCAGCAAGUGAUGCUGGGUACCCAGCUGCCUGAGGAAGGCCCGGCUGGACCAGGAACUGUGGAGGAUGGGGACUGCCGAACAGAGAGCACUCAGCACGUUCUCAAGGAGCCAGAAAAGAAGAGGAAUCGUCGGUCACGGGUGGCAGAUGCUGAUGGAGUGUUGGAGAUGUUCCACUGUCCUUAUGAAGGUUGUGCUCAGGUCUACACUGCCCUAAACAGCUUCCAGAAUCAUGUGAAUUUGGUUCACAGAAAGGGUAAAACGAAAGUGUGCCCUGAAGCUGGCUGCGGAAAGAAAUUCUACUUGUCAAAUCACCUACGCCGUCACAUGAUCAUACACACAGGUGUCCGUGAAUUCAUCUGUGAAACAUGCGGCAAGUCGUUUAAAAGGAAAAGUCACUUGGAGGUCCACCGGAGAACACACACUGGAGAGACCCCCUUACAGUGUGAAGUUUGUGGCUUCCAGUGCAGGCAGCGGGCAUCUCUGAACUGGCACAUGAAGAAGCACGGCUCUGAGAUCCAGUACAGCUUCUCCUGCGAGCAGUGCGGGAAGCUCUUUGAGAAACGAGAGAGCGUUAAAUUCCACAAGCUGAAGAGUCACCCAGAGGGAAGAGCCACGUGAGGGUGACCAGGAACAGCGGACUUACAAUCAAAUUGCUCUAAGGGAGAGUGAUAAGUCUGGUGUGGGAAGCCUAAUUUUGCUCUGGGAGAAGAUUGGGGGCCAUUGACUACCGUUCCCCAAUAGGACACAGCUCUGUAGGACGAGAGUAAUCUCUAUUACUACAAUAACAGCUGUCGCUGUGCUUUCUUUAUAUUCAACCAGCGUGCAACACAGAGCAAAAGAGAAGCGCAGUCUCCUCCGCGUAUACAACCCACUGUUUGUUUGGAGAAUAUACACAGCACUAUAGACAGGAGGCGCUAUAGAGUACAGUUGCCUGUAUGAAGAUUCAGCCGCUUAUUAAUACGGUUACACAUUUUAAUGCUCUUGAUUUCAGUAUCGGUGUAAUCCUAUAUUACAUCCCUGUGUGAUCACUGGAGUACUUUUACAAAAACUUCUGCGGGAUGAAACACUUAAACGGAAAACGGUUAAAAAACCUGAAAAUCUGUCUAUACUGUCUGCCGCCCUCUGAGAGGAAAACUCCGUGCCUCUACUAGAAGGGCCUGCUCACAACACUUUCUAUUAAAAUAACUUUAUUUAUUACA